AUGAAACGGCUCAAAAACCUCCUACGAAGGCGAAGCUACAAUGAGGAUGAUGUUGUCCCUUCAGAUAAAGUAGCUAAUAGGGCUCGGACGUCACAAGUUAGGAGAAGCUAUGAACCCCCCCAGAAUUCCAGAAAUAACAGACCUACCAAGGGUGAUAAACAAGCAAGGCGCAACGAAAAUAAAUCCAAGCCUGAUACCAAUACGCACAAUGCUCCAGCGACGUCGAAUUCUAACCAUCAUAUAGGGGGGAAGGCGAAACUUAAACGAUCACCGCACAGAACAGCAGGGGAACAUGAGAACAGCUGUUUUCGAGACUCGCACGCAAGUAACGCAAUUGCAACAGGUAAGAAAUCGAGAGACCUACCAAUUGAAAUACCGGGGCAGCAUUUAAGUGGUCCUUCAAUUUCGAGUGCGAAGAAAUCGUAUGAACCAGAUGUGCCCAAGAAUGACAGAAUCAAUACACCAACCGAAGAAAUAAGUGAGGAUAACGCCGACGAAAGAAGUUUCCGGACAGCGAAAGAGGAAAUCUCAGAUUGUACUCAUACAGAGGAUAUCGACGAGAACGUAUCUUAUGCAUCUGUUGUUACACACGAAACCGUCCACCCACAGGUUCACGAAAUCCUAGAGGAACAGAUUCACCGCGACGUCCAUAAUCAUGACGUCUACCAUCGAAUUCAACCAGUUUACGACGUUGAAUUCUUACCUGCUCGACAUUUUGUCCCCGGUCCUAGCGGAGAUUUAGUAGAGGUUUCCGAGAAUGAUCUUCCGGGCUGUACCGGCCCAAAUCAACGCUGGUACCUUGACAAGAUUUUACCAAAUCCUCAACCCGAAUCAGCUGUCAUGGAUGAGGCAAAUGAAAGCCCUGUCGACCCAGAGUUAUUGGGUCCCCUAGAUUCGAAGGAUAACAAUGAUCAUGGAUUUAAAACUAUCUACAACGACAGCUGGAAAGCCAGUGCUGCUCGUGCGUUCUAAUGGAUCACAUGGGACAUCGAUAUCAUCCAGAGAAUGUCAUUUAUGACGAGGUCGCAAUAUCAUAUCGAAUUUGAUACCUCCUACCUAGUUUAUGCAGUCAAAACAUUUUAGGUAAUUCGGACGACGUGAAUGAUUCCGACCUCACACAAACCCGCGACGCCAAGGACCGCUUCCCUCCACCGUGAUACCUAUCUGGGAUAUCUUAUGCGCAUUGAAGCUAUAAAGGCUCCCUUUCCCCCGCUUCUUCGUAUUUGC